GAAGACGUACGCUUUCUACAACAUCGGACGCUAUAUACUGUCACGCUGUUAAUUGCUAUCAAGUGCUUGCUAACAACUACGGUUUAUCCCAUGAGAGUUUGCUAUCAACAUUUAUCUGGGUUUUGCGUGUACAAUACCAGUAGUCAGUACUUUACUUUAUUAUUCAAACAUAUAAUUCAAAGUCGUUUUUCAGAUACAAUGGUUAGCAUGUCCUCUGUGGUGUCCAGUCUCCACUGUUUUCUGUAGAUUUAACAGAAGGGGAUUCGUUUCUCAUUUAAGUCAUCUAACUGUAGUUAGGGCAUUAGCUAGCUGUCAUGUCAGCCUCCAAGCGCCUGCUUUACAUCGCAAACCACAGAGUGUUUUGGACAUCGAUAUGGAGGAGAAAAGUCACCACCUGGUCACCCGUAGGAGCCGCUUUUAAUGCCAAACCUCUCAGAAGACUUGAGUCGUUUGACAAAAAUGUGGGUUUGUUCGGAGUCCCUGAACUGAACUCCCCAGCUGGAUUUGAGGUGGCCACUAAAAAGGCUCUGAAGGACACACAGGAGCUGUUAGAUAAAGUCUGCAGCAGCCCACCUGGAGUAGUUACUGUUGAAUCCUUUGACCAACUCUCAGAUGGCUUGUGCAAAGUGGCUGACCUGGCUGACUUUGUGAAAGUGGCUCACCCGGACCCGUCCUUCCGUGAUGCAGCAGAGAAGACAUGUAUAGAAAUUGGCACAGUUGUAGAAAAACUCAACACAAAUGUUGACCUUUGUAGAAGUUUAAAGAAUCUGUUGGAUGAGAAAAAGGUUUUAGAUCAGUUGGACCCAGAAACAAGGAAAGUGGCUGAGCUGUUCAUGUUUGACUUUGAGAUCAGUGGAAUUCAUUUGGAUGAAAAACAGCGAAAGGAGGCUGUCAAGCUUCAUGUCCAGCUAUUGGAUUUAAGCAACAAGUUUCUUAUGGGCUCUCACCUCCCAAACAGAAUAGCAAAAUCUGCUAUACCUGAGCACAUUCAUCGCCACUUUGCUACAGAGGGCAGUUACGUUCAGAUUGGGGGUCUCCAUGCUGAAUCCUCCGAUGACCUGGUUCGGGAGAUUGCCUAUAGGAUUUUCCUCUACCCAAAUGCAGAUAUGAUGGAUUGUUUGGAUGACCUGUUGAAAUGCAGGAACAAACUAGCCAAACUGGUUGGCUAUGAAUCUUAUGCACACAGAGCUUUACAGGGAACGAUGGCCAAAACCCCAGAGACUGUGAUGAAGUUCCUCCAGUCAUUGACAGAUAAACUCUCUGACAGAACUGCUAUAGACUUUGAGAUGAUGAAAGACAUGAAGACAAAACUCAACCCCCAUAAUGUGGAGCUUAUGCCAUGGGACCCUCCAUAUUUUAGCGGUGUGUUGCGUGCUGAAAGGUACAACAUUGAGCCAAGUUUGUACAGCCCUUUUUUCUCCCUGGGCUCUUGUAUGGAAGGCCUAAACAACCUCUUCACCCAGCUCUAUGGAGUUUCUCUCAACUCUGAACAUCCAAGUGCAGGAGAGGUGUGGAAUGAAGAUGUCCACAAACUGGUGGUUGUUCAUGAGACAGAGGGCCUUCUAGGAUACAUCUACUGUGAUUUCUUCCAGAGAGCAGAUAAACCCCACCAGGACUGCCACUUUACCAUCCGUGGCGGAAGGCAGUGCCAGGAGAGUGGGCAGUACCAACUGCCUGUAGUGGUGUUAAUGCUGAGCCUGCCCCACCCCACUAAAAGUGCCCCCACCCUACUCACACCAGGCAUGAUGGAGAACCUGUUCCACGAGAUGGGCCACGCAAUGCACUCUAUGCUAGGGCGCACACGGUACCAACACAUCACAGGAACCAGAUGCUCCACUGACUUUGCAGAGGUCCCCUCUAUUCUCAUGGAGUUCUUUGCCGCUGAUUAUCGUGUGGUGAACCAAUUUGCCCGACAUUAUCAAACAGGACAGCCUCUGCCUCAGAACAUGGUGACUCGUCUGUGUGAGUCCAAAAAGGUGUGUGGUGCGGCAGACACUCAACUACAGAUAUUUUAUUCUGCUUUGGAUCAGAUAUAUCAUGGAGAACCUCAAAACCGAUCAACUACUGAUAUCUUAAAGGACACACAGCAGAAGUUUUACGGCCUACCUUACAUUCCAAAUACGGCAUGGCAGUUGAGAUUUGGCCAUCUCAUUGGCUAUGGAGCAAAGUACUACUCCUAUCUCAUGUCUCGUGCUGUGGCCUCAAUGGUGUGGAAGCAGUGCUUUGUUAAAGAUCCUUUGAACAGGGACAUGGGAGAACGCUACCGUAGGGAGAUGCUUGCCCAUGGGGGAGGGAAAGAACCCAUGCUUAUGGUGGAAGGGAUGCUGCAGAGACGGCCCUCCAUUGAUGACUUUGUGGAAGCCCUGGUGUCUGACCUGAACCCAGACUUUGAGACCUUCAUCAUGGACUCUACAAGCUAAUUAACUGGUUCUUCAACUCUUCAGUAAAUUUUCUGCCAAGAAUUAAAUUAUAUUGCUGUGGCAUGGACUUGUGUGAUCAGAAGAUGCAAAUAAUCCUCCUUUCAAUGUAGCUAAAAAAUAACACUGUAAAGAAAUGCUAAUUUUUGUAAAUGUUUUAGUGUUCAUUUAUUUGGGUCAACCACACAUCUAUGUGAUACAUGAAGUGUUUAGAUCUGUGCAUAUACUGCAUGUAACAUGCGGCCUUUUGGCUCUCAUUUUGUUCACGGCCUAUUGAUGAUGCUAUAGAGUCAAAUCAGUCUCAAACCUUGCACACAGAAACCACUCUGAGGAAAGCAAUUAUAGUUGCUUUGUUUUUGUAUUAUAGAAAACUGCAUUGAGAAAGCAAAGACUGGAUUGUGUGGAAAAAUGUCUGCAUCUUCUGAAUUCACCCACACUUGGCUCGCUAACAAUGCUGUAAAUUGGUUAUACAGUAGCUUCCCAAUAUAUAUUCAGUCCCCUUAACUUUCUCCACAUUUUGUUUUGUAAUAUACAAUUUAUAAUUGAUUACAAUAUUAUUUGUGCCACCAAUCUACACAUAACACCCCAUAAUGUUUAUAACUUUUGGCAAAAUGGUAAUUACAAAACAUCAGCAAGCCAGGGGUUCUAAUCAAGGAAGUUGCUCACAAUUUCAGAAUUAUUAAAGGCAUGAAUGCAGAGUACUGUGUGGAACAGGACACUGAUUGUAUUCAAAUAGCUAACCUGUGUAUCCAUCAGAGUCUGUCUGGAACUUAUCCUUUAAACCAUGCCUUUCUUUCCAUAAAUUCUACAGUUAGUCUGGGCAGACUGGACGUAAAUUUAUUUCUUAGCUAGAAUGUGGGAGACAACGGCAUAGCUAUCGGGGAGAAGGGGAUGUGGCUGCACCAGGGCCUGCGGUGCGUGGGGGGCUGUGCUUGGCCUCUAUAAAUAUUUGUGUAUUUUUAUUUCAUAUUGUGUUUUUCUUUGUGGAUCUCACAAUCAGACGUUGGCUGUGUGUUUAAUCUAGAAUUACCUAGGUAUUACCAGGAUCGGCUUUACAUUAAAGUGACCAGAUGUCUGAAAUGAAAACUUGGGACAUUUCCAGUUUGGCGGUUUCCAGUAUCUGAUGUUAUCUAUGAAAUAAAAAAGAGGGGCAAUUCCGGUUUAGUUUAGUCUAACAGACACAUUGUGAUAGACAGAGAGAACAACCAUAUUACAGAAACACCACAAUCUGAACAACCAUUCAGUGGUUUUGGUUGUCUGGGCAGAAUAAGAGCAGAAGAGAACAUGAGCAAAAUUGAAAAACAGAGACCAUAGACUUUUUAUUCUACUACAAUCUUUCCUCUUUUCUUCACUCAACUUUCUUCAUUUCCUUCUCUUUACUUUUCCACCUCAUCUUCUACAAUCUCCUCGCUUCACUCUUUGUACUCCCUUCAUUUUCCCUUCUCACUCUCUUCCUUUCCAAUCUUUAAUAAUAAAUAGUACAUUAUCAAAUACUGUUGUUAACAGAUUCCCAUUGCAUGCCUCAUUUUUGUAUUUUAUCUCAAAAACAUUGUAAUCAUGUCUUUACCUUUCCUCCUCAAUCUCCUUCCUAUCUAGUCUUCCUCUAUUAUUCCUCUCCACUCUAACAGAAAGUAUUAUGUUAAUGUUAUCCAUGAAGAUUUCUUAAUAUAUUUUCACAAUACUUAUGUCAAAUCAUUAAAAUUGUAAUCUACAAAUA